UUUUUUAUAUAUACAACGCUAAUUCUGGAUAUACAGAGUUCAAUCGAAGUUGCGUUUUAAUGUGAAGUUUGGAUGCAGGAAGUGAUUUGCUGCUCUCGGAUUGGAUUGGGUUUGAGAAAAAGAAUCUGACGUCAUCGACCACAUUUUUUUCUUUUUUUAAUCGCCCGUUGUUUUUUUCCCCCCUUCAGCAGGGCUAACGAGCAGCGGUAAAAAACGUUCGCGAAAAGGGUUUCGACCGAUUCAACAUGCCUCGCGUUUAUAUAGGACGACUUGGCUACCAUGUUCGCGAAAAGGACAUACAGCGGUUUUUCGGCAGCUUUGGCAAACUAUUGGAAGUGGAUUUGAAAAACGGAUACGGUUUCGUGGAGUUCGAGGACAACCGGGAUGCCGACGAUGCCGUGUACGAGCUGAACGGCAAGGAUCUGUGCGGCGAGAGGGUGAUCGUCGAACAUGCCCGCGGGCCUCGGCGGGACCGGGAUAGCUACGGUGGGGGUCACUGGGGUGAUGGGCGCAGCAGCAGUUACGGCAGCCGGAGUCGCACAGGCAGGGACAAGUACGGCCCCCCAGUUCGUACAGAAUAUCGUCUGAUUGUGGAAAACCUUUCAAGCCGUUGCAGUUGGCAGGACCUCAAGGAUUUUAUGCGUCAGGCAGGUGAAGUCACUUACGCUGAUGCCCACAAGGAGCGUGCCAAUGAGGGGGUGAUUGAGUUCCGCAGCCAUUCAGAUAUGAAGCGUGCUAUUGACAAGUUGGAUGGGACGGACAUCAAUGGCAGAAAGAUUCGUCUGGUGCCGGACCGGCCUCGCAAGCGAAGGUCCUACUCUGGCAGCCGUUCCAGAUCUCGAAGCCGCCGUCGCUCCCGCAGCAGGAGCCGUAGGAGCAGAAGCUCCAGAAGUCGCUCCAGAUCCAAAUCUAGGUCCGGUUCGCGCAGCAACAAGAGAUCUGCAAGGAAGUCUCGCUCCAAGUCUGGCGAGAGCAAGUCACGCUCUCGCAACCGCAAGUCCCGUUCGCGAUCCAAGUCCAAAUCCCGAUCGCGAUCUCCCGAGCACAAAUCUAAGUCCCGCUCAAAGAGUCGUUCCAAGGUAAAGUCUGAGCGGGAUUCCCGUUCUCCAUCCAAGGAGAAGGCUGAUGAGAAGUCCCGCAGUCGCUCGGCCUCCCCUGUAGAGAAUGGAAACGAUGAGCGCGAGGCCAAAUCUGCAUCCCGCUCUCCUUCCCCGCGAGAGGACGAUCGCCGUUCCCCAUCCAGAGAGAGGCGCUCAGCCUCCCGCUCAAGAUCUCGUUCACGGUCCAGAUCGGCAUCUCAGGAUUAGUACAGAAUUCCCACCGAGUGCCAGUCCUUUGCUGUACAUAACAAGCAGUGUUGACAUUCUGGUGCCUGUUUCCCCGUUUGUCCACAUUGCUUUUAAAUCACUGUUUUUGUUGUUAGCCGCGGUAAAGAUUCACUGCAUCCAGAUGGCUUCCAAAUAGAUGUGCAAAGUGACUUUCUUUUCAUUUUCUGGGUUGUGCUUGUUGUAUGCAUUAGUCUUCUCCCCAAAACAUGUACCGGUACUCUUUUCAUGGAGAAUGGGCAGUUUUCAUUAGAACUGUUGACAAAGUCGAUGUACUUAGUACAGCAGUGGUGCUCCAAUCAAUCCCGAUUGACCGAUUUCCAUAAAAAAACUGAUUGGCAUAUGUCAAUGGGUGCCUUUCAUUCACCAUCAACAAAAAAACAGUCACCCCCCAGCUUGUACUUUCCAGCUUGCAACCAGCUCGAGACCAGCCUGUGUUUAGUAUUGCUUCCCCCCCCCCCCCCCCCCCCCCUUUAACGUGCAGCCAAUACAUGGGAUCGGAAUUGGUAUAAUCUAAACUCGGUCAAGCAUAAUCGGUAUCAGAAUUGGGAGCAUAAAACCCUGAUUGUAACACCUCUAGUACAGUACACAGUGCUCUCGUCAGAAUGACAGUCCAGUACUUCAGAUAUUUCAGAACUGAAGAGGAACGUGUAACAUUACCUUUGAAGUUAAAUACAGCAGAGUUUGGAAGGUCAACUUGCACUUAGACUCUCAAUUUAGGAAAGAAUUGUGUGCAUUUUUUCCCUUUAUACUGGCAACUCAAUUCUAUUGGUAUUUUUUUUCUAUCAGUGUAUGUUUAUUAAAGGUCUUAAACUCA